GAUUCCAUCUCGACACACGACCCAACCUUCAUCCCGAUAUCACCGAACGGUUUCCUCUCGAGCGAACGAGCGUAAUCGCACGCGCGCGAAAAAGAAGAGAAAGAGAAAGAGGGAGAGAUAGAGAGAGAGAAAGAGAGAGAAAGAGAGAAAGAGAGAGAGAGAGAGAGAGAGGAGAGCAACUUACUUCUCGCGGCAUCUCUCGUUUGUCUCCGAUACACACGAGCAUCCUAUUUUUUAAUCUGCCCUGUUCAGAGCGGACCUCAAAUUCAAUUCAUUUCGAUUCCGCGAAGCUACACGGUGCGAUCAAGAGUUCUCUGAAAACCGAAAACCGGUCUCCUUUUUUUUUUUUUUAAUUUCCGAACGAGCAAUUUUUUGAUCGGUGAGAGAGUAAAUUCCUGCCUGCCCGAGAGGCCUCCACGGAGAAGAAGCCAUCCAGGAAGAGUCUAAGCCGGACGAACCAAGUCGACGACCAAGAGACGGAAGCCGUUCCGACCAGUUCCACGGAGGAGAGAAAAAGACAUAUCAAGAUGACGAAGCUACUCGUAUUAGCGAUGGUGUGCCUGUUGAGCCAGAAGGCGGUGCUCUCGAUGCCGGUGGCCGAGAACCAGGAGCCCCUCCAAGUGGUGCCGCUCGAGAAAUCGGCGAGUCCGAGCAAGCCCGAUGUCCCGAUGAACGCCGAGGCCGCGCCAGCGGCGAGCCAGGAGGCGGCGGAGCCGGCGCCGGCCGAGGCGAAAUCGGCCGAGGCCGAGAAACCGAGCGUGAGGAGCGAGCCCUCGGCUGAGAACCCUCAACAGGGCGAGAAGGCCCUGGAGGAGAAGAAGGAGGAGGCUCAGCAACAAGCGAAACCCGAGGAGAAGAAGGAGGAAGGCGGGCAGGAGAAGGUGGCCGAGCAACAGCAACCACAACAGCCGCAGCAGGAGCAGCAGCAGCAGCAGCAACCUCAGCAAGAGGGUCAACAGCAGCAGCCCGCGCAAGAGCAGAAGGCACAGGAGCAGCAGGGGCAAGAAGAAAAGAAGGAAGAGGAGAGCUUGAAGCAGGCCGCCUCCGAGUCUCACGAGACCGUGGUGCAAGCCGUUCCUCAGGCGGCACCCGUUGCCGAGGUCUUGGCGGAACAUCCCGUUGGUAAAGCAGCUGUGGCGGAGGGAAAGAGCUCCGAGCAGGUAGACUCCGUUGAGAAGAGCGCGGAGGCUGGGAAAGAAGCUGAAGCGAAGGAGGAGAGUAAGGAAGAAGCGAAGCCAAGCGUGAGAAAGGAGGAUGAAGCUAACUCGUCGAGCUCCGAGUCGGAGGAGAAGGUCGCUCAGCCGGCCGCCGAGGAGAAGAAGGCCGAGAAGCCACAGGAGGAGCAGCAACAGGAGAAGAAGGCCGAGGAGAAACCCGACCGUGUGACCCGCGACGCCGAGGAAGCUGCCCCCGAGGAGAAGAAACCGGAGCAGCCAGCCGUCCAACAGGAUCAGGCCAAGGCGGCGGAGGAGAACAAGCCGGCUGUCGAGGGCGAGAAGGCUCAGCAACCCGCCGCCGUCGAGCAACCCGCCCUCAGUUCCGAGGAAUCAUCCUCGAAGAGCGAGGAGAAGACCGAGGCUGCUGCUGCCGCCGCGGCUGCCGCUGCUGCCGCCGCUCCUCAACCGGAGAAGGAAGCGAAGAGCGCCGAGGUAGGUGCCGGUUCCGCCGCCAACGCUCAAGAAUCCUCCGAACAAUCGGCGGCCAAACCCGCCGAGGCCAGCCAAGCUAAACGCGAGACCGCGGAGGCUCAGCCCGAAGCAAAGUCCGAGCAAGCCGAGGAAAAGAAGGAGGAAGGGCAGAAACAGCAGGAAGCCGCCGCGAAGGAAGCGAAGGAGCGCUCGGACGAUUCCUCCGAGGAGAAGUCAGCCGAGAAGAAGGAGAGCAAGGGCAGCGAGGAGGAGAAAUCCUCAUCCUCCGAGGAGUCAAAGCAGGAGUCCUCCAAGGCUGGCGACGAGUCCAAGCCCGAACUUCUGCCCAAACCUCAAGAACUGAAAGUGUAAGUGAACGAUAGGAGCGAGGGUAACGGUCGCAGCGAGAGGCGGGAAGGAGAAGAGAGAACGAUAACCUCGAUUGAAAAAUUCUCAAGCGAACGAACAUCUCGAACGGAGCGGACACUGACUCGCCACUCGUCCAGACCACUGCGUUCAGAAUCCACCAUCGACCAGACAAAAAUGGGAAAACGAAAAACAUUUGAAAAGAUAAAAAAAAAAAAAUUAAUAAACGUAAAAAAAAAAAAGAUGAACAAGAAUGCGCGAAUUGUUCGGCCCCGGGUAGAGAAAAGCAGCGAGCGGGAGAGAGAGAGAGAGAACGAGACGGAGUGAGAGUGUAUAUCGGUGUGAAUGGGAGAGAGAGAUUGCGCGAUCAAAUUCUGUGGCAGGGUCCAAAACUUCCCCCGGCGCGCUACGAUUCCGAGAGAAGAUUCACAUCGACUCGGGGCAGGAUGACCACGUGGCCACCUGGCUGUGAGGGAUGAAACUUAGAAGAUCACACGUUGGAACAAGAUUCCGAAAACAACGAUGACGACAACGAUGAUGAUGAUGGGAACUUGGAUCGAAUGCGGAAACGAAAAACGAAAACAUCUACAUCUCAGGAACGCGUGGUCACCCUUUGGGAUCUGACUUGGUGCACGCCAGGGAUCAUCCUCUCCUUCGUCCCGGCGGACACCGCGAUCUGUCCGCGGGGACGAAAUCGGCCCCCUAAUAUUUUAGUAUCCUUAUCCCAAAUCCCCCCUUCCCCACCAGAAUCUCUUUUUCUUUAUUUUUUUCUCCCCCCCUCCCCCCUCAAAAAAACGACACACGAACCACAACCACAACCUCAUCCCAAUAAAACUAGUGUGUAGCUCGACUCUGUCUUCUUUUUUUUUUUUUUUAGAGAUACGUGUCAUUAUUAUUAUUAAUAUUAUUAUUAUUAUUACGAUUUAGUACCAGUACCGCUAUUAUUAUUAAUAUUAUUAUUUGUAUUAUUGCUAUCAUCGUUAUAAUAAUAAUUAUUAUUAUUACUGUGGACAAUGAGUUUUUGACAAUGAUUGAUCCUUGCUUGCUAUUUCAUCGAUAAGUUAUCUUUUCCCUCCUUUGUUAGAAAAAUGAAAAAUCUAGAAAAUGAAGAAAACUUUUUUUUUUUGUAUUUGCAGGAGAAAUAUAUAUAUUUCGAUUCCACCAUUCGAAAUUGUCAAACUUUUCUCUCGAAUAUUUUAUUACAAAUGCGCUUAGAAAUUAUAAUUAUCACGAUCAUGUUUUUUUAUAUCUUUUGUAUAACUAUUCCAAAGUAGAUUAUCGCGUCGACUUCGCUUCAAGAUAUUGUCCACUAUUUUUAAAACGUGUUAUAUAUGACUCAAGUAAUAACUCACAUAUUAAGACGCCUACUGAAACCGACUACUCUGAAACAUAAACUUCCACAUUCCAUUCAUGCUAGUUAAAACUCAAUAGAAUUUUAUCCCUCGACUUAAAUAAAAAUCUCGAAUCAAAUUAUUUGGUAAAAAUAAAUCAUUUUCUGAUAAUAAAA